UUUUUAAUAUAAGAGAGAUGGGAGGCGUCAGGGCUCUUUCCUUGUUGGUCUUAUUGGCACUUGCUUGCUUCGUGAUGGCGAACAAUGAAACGCUCCCGGAUUUUAAAAAGUCCAGGGGAAAUGAACCGACAGAUACUUCGGCAAGCGAGAACCGAAAGUUCCGUAAACAAGAAGAAGGUACUGAAGAAUGGCGUAGAAAGAUAAAAAAAAUGUCCAAGGAGUUGGCUGAAAAGAUGGCAAAUCAGAAAUCCCCUGACAAGAAUGAUGAACAAUACAAAAACUAUUCAAUGACUGAACUUCAAGAUGCAGCUGAUAAAGACAAACUCAUUACUGCAGUCCAAACCARACUUUCUACGUUCAGUGGUCCAUUGUCAUCUCGUGCUAAAGAUUCCUUAUCAAGUUUAGAUAGAAACUGGUCAAGCCUCUCCAACGAUACCAAGGGACGUGCACUAGAGACUCUAAGGGUCAUAUCUUCAAACAUCGAGGCGUAUGGCAAUGCUGGUGAAGACCCURUAAGUGCCAUGAAAGCAGCGACUAACAUCCUUGCCUCAAUAUCCAGUAAUUUUGGACCAAGGAGCCAGCUUGCAAGAAAGGCUCAAGGUUUUGUUCCUGCUCUUCUUGGCUUGUUUGGCCCAAAGCCUUUCCGUGUAUUUGUCCGAAAAUAUAUAAAAGAGUCUCUAUCGAAAUUUCCCAACCAAGACCUCUCCGAAACGAGAAAGAAAACGCUAAUAGUACUUCGACGCGCUAAAAAGUUCUUAGACAGAGYUGCAAAGUCGGGCAAAAAAUUGAAUAAUCAGGAAAUGGCUGUGGCAAUGCGUUUUAUGGAAAUAACACCUUGGUUUUUUCCCGGAGUACUUGCCAAUCUAUUACGCUAUUUGUUCUCCUACAGCCUACGCGAAGACAUAAAAAUAGGCCUAAGAUAUUGUGAGAUGUACGCACAUCUGGCACUAUAUCAUGAUAUAAUCCAAACACAAUAUAUUGCAAUGAUACCGGACACCCCAGCUUGGCAAGGUCAACUCAAURSGACUAUAGGUCUACGGACGUAUUWUAGAAAUGAGGCAAGAAAGGUACUCGGCAAGCUCUACGUAGUCCGAUACGAAAGUUGGAUUAUUCCMGGGUUUGAUCCAGAUGUCAGCGUCAUAACUGACACUUACUCGACUAAGAUUCUGAAUUUGGGUAAAUACGAUCGUUCUAUGACUGGUUUAUACUGCCUUAUGACACCUGGAAGUAAUGGCUUGAAAGAUCUAAUUUGGGAAAGAGCGGACAAGAGGUACCAAAUGAAAAACAAAACUUACACUACAAUUUCGAAACGGAACAAUAAGAACUGUUAUUGGAAAAUAAUACCUCACGCGGGUAACACGUACAGCAUUGUAAAUAAGUACAAAUGCAAAGAGAAGUACGAGUAUUGUGGCUCSUUUCUAUCCUGGCACAGAAUUAGUGUUGGAAAAAAUGMCGUGGCCUUUGCUUACAUCGACGAAAAUAAUCCCAGGUUGUGGGAAAUCGGUGGACACGACUGGAAAUAUAUUCGAAACAAAUGGGGAUGUGGUAACAAUUUCAUAAAGAGGUUUAUAUGCGACUUUGAUCUAAGGGUUGAAAUCAGAGCAGUCAAGGGAACGCCUCAAUCACCUAUGAUGAAUAUUAAAAAGGUUGGAACACUGCUUCCUCCAAACGGAAAAUAUUACUGGAAGCUCAGAAGGGCAAGUGUAAAGGAUUUGGCUUCCACUGAUGGUGAAUAGCGAUCCCGAUAAUAAUGGAUGCUUAUACAGUCAAUCCCAAUAAAAAGACAGCAGAAAAGUCAUUUCCACAUAUCAUAUAUCAAUAAUAUUCAACAUAAAGUUCCGAAACUUCUUUACAAUAUCAAAUAAGAGCAGAUAUAYUGAUUUUAUAUUCGAGUGUUGUAAAGAUAUUUCACAAGUGAGCAUAAUAAACGCUAAGAGUAAAGAAAA